AUGGCGUGCAUGGAGCUGCUCUACCUCGCCAAGGAGAGCAGGCAGGCCGCGCUGGGCACCGGCGGCAGCGGCUGGAGUUUGCGCCCCCCUCCCCGCGAGCCGCAGCAGCAGCAGCAGCAGUGCGACGGGGGCGACGUGAACACGCGAGCAGCCGCCGCCGGGGCAGCCCUGUGCUGCGAAAGGCAAGGCAAGUCCUCGUCCGGGGUGGCUGCGGCUGAGCCCACCCCGGCAGCCCUUCCCUCCCCUCCAGGCGCCUCUUCCCAGGAAUACCCUACCACCCUCAGCAGCUCGCAGCCCUGCUACCAGCCUGAUCGCUUGACUGGGGAGGAGGAAGCCGGGAAGAAGAAAGUCUGCUGCUGUGCCCAGGAACUCGAGACAUCAUUUACCUACGUGGAUGAAAAUGUGAAUGUGGAGCAUGCAAGAAGUCCCCCCUCUCCUCCAAGCAGCGGCUCCCAGGAUCCCCCUCCCCAGCAGGACUCUUGCAGGGAGCUCCCGCCUGCAUGGGGUCACGAUUCCCCGUCCCUGGUCUCCGAGGAAGAUGAUGUUGCCUCAGAAGCAGCUUCGGGGAAAUCCGUAGACUACGGGUUCAUUAGUGCCAUUUUGUUCCUGGUUAGCGGCAUUUUGCUGGUGAUUAUUUCCUACGUAGUGCCCAGAGAUGUGACUGUGGAUCCCAACACGGUGGCUGCCAGGGAGAUGGAGAGACUGGAGAACGAGAGCGCCAGGAUUGGGGCUCACUUGGAUCGAUGCGUUAUCGCCGGGUUGUGUCUCUUGACCCUGGGGGGAGUGGUGUUGUCCAGCCUGCUCAUGAUGUCCAUGUGGAAAGGGGAGCUGUACCGGAGGAGCAGGUUUGCAUCCUCCAAGGAGUCUGCAAAGCUGUAUGGGUCUUUCAAUUUCAGAAUGAAGUCUGGUGCAAAUGAUAAUAUGUUAGAGCUAUCAUUAGUUGAGGAAGAUGUGCUUGCUGUGGAUAGUUAG